CGCUACGUCAUACUUAUCACUUAUGAAUCAGCUGAUGAAGGAGGAUUGUUGCUAGAAAUUUCAUCGGCAGAGAAGUAACAGUACGAGAAGUAUGUCGUUGAACACAGCGCACGCGAACGGCGGCGUUUUAAUACACGCCGGCGAGAGUAUACUCCUAUUUUGUGACAAUGUCACGAUGGAGUUCCACGGACAGGAGCAGCCAGAGUUCCAAGGCACCAAACAUGGUAGAUUAUACCUGACGACUCACAGGAUGAUCUUCAAUGCUAAAGAUCACAAGGAGAAGAUGCAGUCGUUCAGCUUCCCUUUCAUAACCCUUAGCGAAGUCGAAGUAGAACAGCCGAUGUUCGGUGCGAAUUACAUCAAAGGCAAGUGCCGCGCUCAGCCGAAUGGGAACUGGGUCGGUGAAUGCAAGUUCAAACUGCAUUUCAAAAGCGGCGGUGCGAUAGAAUUCGGCCAGGCGAUGUUAAGGGCAGCAGCAAUGGCUCAACGUAAUGGACCUGCGAACGAUGCUCCACCACCGUAUCAGCCACCGACCUCGAACUGGUACGCAGCACCUCCUCCAGCUUAUCAAGCUGCACCCGCUGGGUACUACGGCUGGCUGCCACAGACCGAUGCGUUUCAAUAUACGCCACCAGCUAACAGCGUGUACAUGACUGACAUGCCACCACCGUAUCCUGGCAUAAACACGCCUUACCAAGGAUACGCAAACGCGCCUCCGCAAGGUGCAUGGGGUAAUUCCAGCCAACAACCGAAUUGGGCACCGCCGCAACAAAACGGAGCACCGGCGUGGGCUAAUCCAAGUUAUAACACCCAGCCAAUGUCUCAAGCAGAUGCAAAAGCAGCCGAGGCUGCUCAGAGUGCAUAUUAUGAUCCGAGUCGACCGCAAUGUGCCUACGUACCACCUCCUGCGUACUACGAAAGCCCGCCGAGCUACCAGCAGGCGACCGAGAAAAAGGACCAGUAGAAAGGAAUCCUUGAAGUCUGAAAAUGGUGAUGUAACAUCAACAUUUUUGUUGUCCACUUAGUAUUAUAUGUAUAAUAUGCUGUACUGCGUAACAACAGGUAUAUACAUUCCAUUCUAGGUUUUUGCUAUAUCGUCGUUUUUGGUGUAUGUAAUUAAAUGAAACAAUAUUUCUAUCUUUCUUAUGCUAUUUGCAAUUUUUAAAUGUAACACUACUACAUGUAUACUGUAUACUGUAUCGUUAUGCUUCGAAGUACACGAGUAUUUAUACUUAUUAUGUAGAUUGUAUAAAAUGAUCUAUUUAAAAAGAAGGUUUUAUCGUUGUGUUUCACGCAAUUAAAUGGAUAUAUCAAAUAAAAGUUGCUGCUGAUAUAUAAAUACUGGUGAUCACGGAUUUUACAUCGAAAUACGUUGCCUACACGUUCAUGUAUUUUAUUGAAAACUGUAGGGAUGGAAGGAUACAGUAUUCCACAUGUACAUACGUAUAAUAUAUUAUCUAUAUAUUAAAACACGUCUGAAUUAAUGAUCGCGGUUCAACUUUGUUUUACAACAUUUUAUGCGAUGUUAAUCGAAGCAUGUUUAAUUGUAUAUGUAUCACCUCUUGAUUGGAAGUAAAAUUGUUUUACGAUGGUU